UAGAAAUAAUAAACCCUGAAACAGAGAGUUAAAAAGUUUUAAAACAAAACACAAGUUCUGAGUGUGUUUUUAUUGAGUGUCUCUAUCUCUCUGUCCUUAAACAACAACCAACUUUAUUACACUACAUUACAUAUCCCCCUUCUUAUAACCUAUCCACCACCUCCACUCCUCUCUUCACAAAUGAGAUAAAGAAGAAAUAAGAGUUCAGACAGAAACUCUCUCUCUCUCUCUAUACCCACAAAUUUAAGAGAAAUUAUGAAUAAACAAGAUGUUAUGAAGCUUCAGACUUGUGUUCUGAAAGUAAAUGUACACUGUGAAGGCUGUAAGCAUAAAGUGAAAAAACAGUUGCAGAAAAUCGAAGGAGUGUACUCUGUAAAAGCAGAUGUAGAACAGGGGAAAGUCACCGUCACAGGCAACGUGGACCCAGCCAUUCUCGUUAAGAAGCUGAGCAAAUCAGGGAAACACGCCGAGAUCAUAGGCGGCGGUGGCGGAGGAGGAAAAGAGAGCAACGGGAAAGCUAAUGGUGGUGGUGGUGGUGGUCAGAGUCAUGGUCAACCUAUGCAGUUGACUCCUCAGCAGAUUCAACAAAUGAUGAUGAUGAAGGCUGCUCAAGCUGGUGGUGGUGGUGGGAAGGAUAUGAAGAUGAUGAUGCCUCCUGUGGCAUCUAAGGACCAGAAGAAGUCUGUUAAGUUCGAAGAAGAGGAAGAUGAUGACGAUGAGUUUAGUGAUGAUGAUUAUGAUGAUGACGAGGAGUUUAGUGAAGAUGAUUAUGAUGACGAUGAGUUCGAUGAGGAAGAUGAGGAUGAUGAUGAAAUGGGAGGACAUGGUCACAUGCCUCCUAAUAAGAUGACAAUGAUGCCUAACAAGAUGCCUCAGAUGGGUGGUGGCGGUGGAGCUAAGGGACCUAAUGAGAUUAUGAUGAUGAUGAAUGGUCUCAAAGCCGGUGGUGGUGGCGGUGGCGGCGGAGGAGGUGGUGGGGGGUUUGAGAUUCCGGUGAAAAUGAAGGGAAUGGGUGAGGGUAAAAUGGGAAAAGAAGAGAAAGAGAACAAAGGAGGUGGGGGUAAAACCGGAAAAGCAGAUGCCAAAAGUGGUGGUGGCCUUCUAGGAUUUUUCAAAAAGGGUAAAAGUGAAAAAGGAGGUGAGAAGAAGGGAGACGGUGGUGGUGGUGAUAAGGUGAAGUCCUCCGGUGGUGGGGGAGGAGGAGGUGAAGUUCAUCAUUAUGAUGAUGGGCCUAAAAAGGGAGGAGGCAAGUCGAAAGGAGGAGCCCAUGGGGCCCAUGAUAUCGAUGAGCUCAUGAAACAAAUCAAAGCAGGUGGAGGAGGUAACAAGGGUAAUCAUAAUCAAAUCAGUGCCAAAGGGAUGGGUGGCCCAAUGGGUCAAGGAGGUCCAAUGGGUAUGAUGGGUCCAAUGGGACACCAAGGCGGCGGCGCUUUCCCGGCGGUUCAAGGCUUACCGAUGAGUGGAGGCGGAGGAUACUAUCCACCACCGCCUCAGGCAAUGAACCAGCAACAGUAUAUGCAAAUGAUGAUGCAACAACAACAAGCUGCAGCUUAUGGAGGUUAUGGUGGUGGUCACGGUGGAGGCAUGUACCAUCCGAUGAUGUAUGCUCGGCCUUAUCCGGCAGUGAAUUAUGCUCAUCCACCGCCAAUGCCGCCUCCGCACUCGGGUCCUUAUUCCGAUAUGUUCAGCGAUGAGAAUCCAGCUGGUUGUAGUAUCAUGUGAUCUGGUAAUUAGAAAAUGAAAAUGAAUAUGUUUGUCUAAGAAGUCUUAUGUUUUUUGUUUGGGGCUGUCUUCCUCUUUUGUAACUCAGUCGAGUAAUGGAAACAAAAUGUGCUUUGAUUUGGUUA